AGCACAGAACUAUUUCCCUCUUUGCUGUUGUUUGCCUAGACCCUGUGAAUGUAUCUGGUACACAGCCGUAGCUCCAGAAUCACUUGGUGAAUUAUUUCAUGGCUUUCGGGGGAGAGAUAUGGGGAAGCAAACGUCUAUUUUGUUAUUACCCCUGAUGACCUUUUAAAAGCAUUUUUCUCAAUAGAUAAUGGCUGGGGGGGGGGGGGGGUUUGUAUGAGCCUAGUAACCUGAGUUUGAUUUCCAGAACUAUGGGAGAAGCAAGGCUGAGGGGAGAAUUUAUCAGUUUUGGGGGUCACUUGCACAGUUUUUUUGUUCGCUUUGCUUUAAAGUAGUUCUACAGUGUGUAUUUCAAAGUGAGGAGGGAGAUGGCCUUUAGAAAUCGCAGCGGGAGCCGGGUGGUGGUGGCGCACGCCUUUAAUCCCAGCACUCGGGAGGCAGAGGCAGGCGUUUCUCUGUGAGUUCGAGGCCAGCCUGAUCUACAAGAGCAAUUUCCAGGGCAGACUCCAAAGCUACAAAGAAACCCUGUCUCGAAAAACCAAAAAAGUCGCAGCAGGCUGGUAAAAGAGCUGACACCUUUAGUCUUUACCGGCUCGCGGCCACAGCCCGGAAGCAGGACGGCGUUAGCAUCAAGUCCCCGCGCGUGCACAAUGGGAGGCUCGGGAGCGCGCCUUCCAAUUAGGACAAAUGAGUCCCACUUUUUAGAGGUUUUGGGCGAGUGCACAACGUUGCCUGUCACUGAGGAAGACGCUAGAGCGCUCCUAAAACAAACCAAGCAAGACACGCGCGCCUCCGCUAGGGUAAAGGAUGCAGGCGGCGAGCAUGGCCCUAACUGAUCGAGCGCGAGACAGCGGAAGCGCGCACGCACAGUCCACUAGAAGACGUCACUGCCUUCCACGAGAUUGAGACACUCUCGCGAUAGGCUACGCCGGGCUCUCCGGAAGUGACUCCCCGGAAGGAGCAUGUCUGCUUUCCUUGUCCUGCCUAACGCGGCGUGCUGAUCCGCCGACACCAUGCAGUCGGAUGAUGUUAUCUGGAAUACACUAGGAAACAAACAAUUUUGUUCUUUCAAAAUAAGAACCAAGACUCAGGGCUUCUGCAGAAAUGAGUAUAGUCUGACUGGGCUGUGCAAUAGGUCAUCUUGUCCUCUGGCAAACAGUCAGUAUGCGACCAUUAAAGAAGAGAAAGGACAGUGCUACCUGUAUAUGAAGGUCAUAGAACGAGCAGCUUUUCCCCGGCGGCUCUGGGAACGGGUCCGACUUAGUAAAAACUAUGAGAAAGCAUUGGAACAAAUAGAUGAAAAUUUAAUUUACUGGCCUCGCUUCAUUCGACACAAAUGUAAGCAGAGGUUUACCAAGAUUACCCAGUACCUGAUUCGAAUUAGAAAACUUACACUGAAGCGGCGGAAGAAACUUGUUCCUUUGAGCAAGAAGGUUGAGCGGAGGGAGAAGAGAAGAGAGGAAAAAGCAUUAAUAGCUGCCCAGCUGGACAACGCCAUUGAGAAGGAAUUACUGGAAAGACUGAAACAAGAAACGUAUGGCGACAUCUACAACUUCCCCAUCCAUGCCUUCGACAAGGCCCUUGAGAAACAGGAAGCAGAGAGUGACUCUGAAGAUGAUGAAGAAGAAGAAGAUGAGGAGGAGGAGGAAGAUGAAGAGGAUGUGGGUAAAAGAGAGUUUGUAGAAGACGAUGAUGUGGAUGAGAGUGACCUGAGUGAUUUUGAGGAUAUGGAUAAACUGGAUGCUGGCAGUGAUGAAGAACAGGAUGACGAUUCCUCCAGUGAAGAAGAAGAGAAGGCCCUUAAGGCCAAACACAAAGGCAAAACACCCUUGAAAGGACCUUUGCGGAAAAAACGGGCCUAUGUGGAGAUAGAGUAUGAGCAGGAGACAGAGCCCACAGCCAAAGCCAAAACCACAUGAGUCUCCUUCACGUUUUAUCCUGAAAAGUCAACACUUCCAACUGUGCUCCUUUGUGCUAUAUUUCAUACAGUAUUUAUAUUGUUAAUAUAUAUGUCACUCCAGGGAGUGAGUGGAGAAGAAAGAGCCUUACAGUGUAAAGAAUAUUUUUGUAACACGUGCUGUUUGUAACAGCCUGAGCCCAGGGAUCUGACAGAGGAGUCCCUGGAGCUGGACUGACACUGUGUGUAAAUGGUUCUAAAUUACAAGUGCUAAAUUUUCCCUUCCCAGUUUUUACUUAGAAAUGCCAGUGUUUCUUUAUCCUUUUUAGUUUUUUGAGACAGGGAUCUUCUAUGUAGCCUGGGCUGUUCUGUAACUCUUUCUGUAGACCAAACUGGCCUCAAACUCAGAUCCACCUCUGCCUGCUGAAUGCUGGGAUUAAAGGCUUGUGCUACCACCACCCAGCUUCAAUUUUUCCCCUUGUUCAGUUUCUCCUAUAAACUGAAGAAAACGAAAGUUCCAACUUACAAUGUUU